GUAAAUUCCUUCUGUGAUUGACGAGAAAGCCUACUUUUUUUGGUAGAUUCUUUCUGACAAUAUAACAACAGAGAAAGACUAUAAACGUUCAAGCACAACGUUCAAGCCUAUUUGAGUGAGAUUCUUCCAGGGACUUUUCUCCACUCAGCUGAACGAUUGCAAUAGCUUCUAUAGGAAGAUGAGGCUUUCUUCAUUCUUUCUGAGGAGAUGGCAGUCGAUGCAGAGAAUUACUGAUGCGAAUCGAAACGCUUCCCGAGGGUUCACAACGAUGGAAGGUCAUCGCCCCACCAUCGUCCACAAACGCAGCCUCGACAUUCUUCAUGAUCCUUGGUUUAAUAAGGGAACUGCCUUCUCAGAGACAGAACGUGACCGUCUUCAUCUACGAGGGCUUUUGCCUCCAAAUGUCAUGUCUUUUGAACAGCAAAUUGGUCGAUUCAUGACUGACCUAAAGAGACUUCAAAUCCAAACUAGAGAUGGUCCAUCUGAUCCAAAUGCUUUGGCCAAGUGGCGUAUACUCAAUCGCUUGCAUGACAGAAAUGAGACAUUGUAUUAUAAGGUUUUAAUUGAAAACAUCGAGGAAUAUGCACCUAUAGUUUAUACACCUACAGUUGGUCUUGUUUGCCAGAAGUACUGUGGGUUAUUCCGUCGUCCAAGGGGCAUGUAUUUCAGUGCUGCAGAUCGUGGGGAGAUGAUGUCAAUGGUCUACAACUGGCCUGCUGAGCAGGUUGAUAUGAUUGUCGUAACUGAUGGAAGUAGAAUAUUGGGGCUUGGAGACCUUGGAGUUCAGGGAAUUGGUAUUGCAAUUGGGAAGCUGGAUCUCUAUGUGGCAGCAGCUGGGAUCAACCCUCAGAGAGUCUUGCCUGUGAUGAUAGAUGUUGGAACUGACAACAAGAAUCUUCUGAAGGAUCCUUUGUAUCUAGGAUUGCAAGAGCAGCGUUUGGAUGGGGAUAGGUAUCUUGAAGUAAUCGAUGAAUUUAUGGAGGCUGUAUUUACACGUUGGCCAAAUGUGAUUGUACAGUUUGAAGAUUUCCAAAGCAAGUGGGCCUUUAAGCUACUGCAACGUUAUAGGAACAACUACAGAAUGUUUAAUGAUGAUGUGCAGGGAACAGCUGGAGUUGCAAUUGCCGGUCUUUUAGGAGCAGUAAGAGCACAGGGAAAGGCAAUGAUUGAUUUUCCGAAAAUGAAGAUUGUGGUUGCUGGUGCUGGAAGUGCAGGAAUAGGUGUUCUAAAUGCUGCCAGGAAAACAAUGGCAAGAAUGUUAGGAAAUAAUAAAGUUGCAUUUGAAAGUGCGAGGAGCCAGUUUUGGGUAGUUGAUGCCAAUGGAUUGAUAACUGAGGCGCGGGAAAAUGUUGAUGAAGAUGCCCGCCCAUUUUCGAGGAAGGUUAAUGAAACUCAACGUCAAGGAUUGAGGGAAGGCGCUAGUCUUGCAGAAGUGGUUCGCCAAGUGAAGCCUGACGUGCUCCUUGGUUUAUCUGCCGUUGGAGGCUUGUUCUCACAUGAGGUACUUGAUGCACUUAAGGGGUCUACUUCUACUAGGCCCGCUAUCCUUCCAAUGUCAAACCCUACUAAAAAUGCUGAAUGCACACCUGAGGAAGCGUUUUCCAUUGUUGGUGACAACAUAAUAUUUGCAAGUGGCAGCCCAUUCAAAGAUGUGGAUCUCGGAAAUGGACAUGUUGGCCAAUGCAACCAGGCAAAUAACAUGUUUCUUUUCCCUGGGAUUGGGCUUGGCACCCUUCUAUCUGGAUCUAGGAUCAUCUCAGAUGGCAUGCUACAGGCAGCAGCUGAGCGCCUAGCUUCAUAUAUGACAGAGGAGGAUGUGCAGAAAGGCAUUAUAUAUCCUUCAAUAUCAAGAAUACGUGACAUAACUAAGGAGGUAGCUACAGCUGUGGUUAAAGAAGCAACAGAUGAGGGUCUUGCUGAGGGUUAUCGUGGAAUGGAUAGCAGAGAAUUGAGACAACUUAACACGGAACAAAUAAUGGAAUAUGUAAAGCACAAUAUGUGGUAUCCAGAUUAUCCAACACUGAUUUACAGAAAAGAUUAAUUGUUUGUCCAUACAAAGCUUCACUAUUUUUGAAUUAAAAGAAAUUAGUGGCAAGAUGCCGUCUGCAGUGGUUCGAGAUCCAACCUUCUUGAGGAGGAGAAGGGAAGGAAGGUAUUACGUCCAGUUGCAGUGUCAAUGUUGAGCAUAUUACUGUCACAUAAUGCUGAGGGGCAGUUUUGAACAUUUCGUGAUGGAUUUAUGUAUGCUCUAUCGAUCCUUUCAUGCUCAAGGCUGUAAACCUGUAACAUUAUACGUUUCCACCAAUAACCUGCACUAUAAUAUACUUCGUCUAAUAUUACAUCCGGGCGUCCCAAAAAAUUGGGAAGUGUAAUUUUCUAUAUAUAUUCAUAUGCUACAAAUGUCAUAGAACAUUUAUAAUAAGUACAGUUUAUUUUAUAGUCUCUUUGUGCUUUAGCACAGGGGUAAGAUUGCUUACAUCCGAC